GUUUUUGAUGAUCAAGGUCAGAAUGAUCAGACCAGUUCGCCUUCAGAGUGUGUUAUCGAUCAUUAUCUUCUGGGCUCUUGUCAAGCAUGUGGUAGCAAACUUCACACUGGGAGCGAGCGGGACGUCUUUCCAGUGCACAGACCGGGGAAAUUUAUGGUGUUUUGGAAACGCAAGUGCGAGUCCCGCAGGUCUGAUGCUCACUCCGAUAGAUAGGGCCAACAUGACUUAUGAAUAUUACCAUGGCACAUCCGGGAUGGCACUUUGUAGAACUCAAAUCCCACUGCAAAAGAGUGAGAGCGAUCCGACCCGAACGUCGAUCUCCUUCAGCACUUCUUUCCGCUUCACCAUCGAACCUUCUAAUCCAUAUUUACGGGGCGACGGGAUGGCAUUUGUGAUGCUCAGUGAGGCUCUUCAAGGCAAUGAUGGAGGUUCUUUUGGUGUCUUCGAUCCACUCGGACAUCAGAGCGCCAGGGCACUGGCAAUCGAGUUUGACACGUUUGAAAAUUCGGUUGUCGGGGACGAAAACAACAAUCAUGUGGGAGUGGACGUACAAGAUGUCAAUUCAACAUUAGCAAGAAGCGCCUGGGACGUCAGGUUAGAUCUUGCCGGAAAUUAUAGCAUAUACUCGUGGAUAGAUUACAACUCAUCGGCUCAAAACCUGGAGGUGAGAAUCAGCAGUAACAACGCUAAGCCGUCUCUACCUUUCAUUGUCUACGCACUAAAUCUGUUCGACGUCUUCAAUCCAGACGAGCUAGUGUAUGUCGGGUUUUCAGCAGCCAACGGAAUCUGUCCAUGUUUCAAUUUCUACACAGUCCAUGACUGGACUUUUUCAUAUGUUUUUGACCCUGAAGCCAUAGUUCAAGUAUCGCCUACCAUUCUUCCAGCUUUGCCUCCGGAACCAGGCGGCGGAGGCAAAGUACAGGUUGCUUUGAUCGCUGGAGUCUCACUGGGUGUCGUGUUGUUCUUCUCAAUCCUGGUCAUCGUUGGACUGGUUAUUCGACAGAAGAAAUCGAAUCGUCCUGAAGUUGGACAGGUCCUUCGACAGAAGAAAGCGAAUCGUCCUGAAGGUGGGGAUAGGCUAGCUUUCAGUCUGGAUGGGAUGGACUUGGGGUUCAGCCUAGAGUUUAGCUUCCAACAUCUCUGCAUAGCCACCAAUCAAUUCGGGGAGGAAUCCAAGCUCGGUCAAGGAGCAUCCGGUGCUGUGUACCGUGGCCGAAUGCCGGAUAGGGGACAGCUCGUGGCCGUGAAGAGAUUGAAUCCGGACUCGAAUCAGGGUCUCAAGGGGUUUAUGGCCGAGGUGUCGAUUAUCAGCCAGAUCCGCCACCGGAACAUCGUCAAGCUGCUGGGAUGGUGUAACGACCGGGACAACCUCCUGUUGGUGUACGAGCUCAUGCCCAACGGAAGUCUGGACAAGGCUCUUUUCCACCCGGCGAGUCCAGAAUCAGUUUUGCCGUGGAAGCUCAGGUUCAAAAUCAUCUCCGGUUCUGCAGACGCUCUAUAUUACCUGCACGAGGGCUCGCGGCAGCAGGUGAUUCAUCGGGACUUCAAGUCCAGCAAUAUCAUGCUGGAUCAGGACUUCAACGCCAUGCUGGGGGACUUUGGAUUGGCUCGGAUGGCGGAUCAUUCUCAGUAUCCUGCCACCACUCAGAUUGCCGGGACCAUCGGUUACAUAGCCCCCGAGGUAGCAGGCUCGGGGAAAUUCACCGACAAGACGGAUGUGUACGCCUUCGGGGCCGUGGCUUUGGAGAUUGCUUGUGGAAGACCGGCCUACCUUCAUCAGGAGCCGGUCGAGCAGAUUUUCCUUGUGGAUUGGGUCUGGGAGAAACUGGAUCGGGAACGCCUGUUUGAUGUCGUAGAUCCGAGACUGGGCGAGGAGUUCGAUGCAAAAGAGAUGAAAUUGCUUUUUCUUUUGGGCCUCUUGUGCUCUCACCCGAACGCCGGCAGUCGGCCGACGAUGAGAGAGGUGGUCGAGAUCUUGGGGGGUAGGGUGGCACUGCCUCUGGUUCCUUCGUCGAAACCGCAACCUCAUUACUUGUCAUUUGUUGCUUCGGAUCCACACCAGAGUAUAUUAUGUCCUGAUGUCCACAGCACGAGUCCAGGUUCAUGAGUAAGCCCUUUAGGAGAUCCUGUAAAGGCAAUGCUGAAGUGAAAAGGAUGACGAGACCACAUCAAGUCCCACACUCGAGGUGUGGGACUUGAUGAGGGUAAGAAACCAUGAGAAACCACGAGGGUAAGAAUGUGUGCUAGCCCCAAUAGCGUCUCGAUGGGCUGCACCAAAGAUGUACAGUUGUCUCGAUCAAAAGUCUACCAAUAGGGAUCAUAGAAAGAAGCACCCUUUACAUGCUCUGUAAGUUCUCUACACAAACUUUUAGGAUAAAAAAAGCGUUGAAGGGUACUCUCCUGACCAAAAACAUUCGGUGGUUUUGUAUACAAUCUCCAAUUAAUUAGAAG